AUGGGCCCACGUAUGGAGCUGCCGCCAGGGAACGCUUCCCUGCAGCGAGGCUUCGGCGUGCCCCUUCCAGCCCCUGACUGCUUCAACUUCCCCAGCAGCCAUAUACGUGUCACCUCUCAGAUUGGCAGUACGUCUCCAAAGACUAGUACAACGCUAGCCACAAAUAACCAGAAAGUCACUACUGCAACUGCCAGCACAGUUCAAGGGACCAGCCCUAAAAGCAGCUCAGGAAACCCUCCAUCUUCCUCAACUGUGUCUCCUGCCAUGGCUCAAGGGAUCAGCCAUAAAAGCAACACAGAAAGCCCAUCAUCUGUCCCUGCUGUGUCUCCCAGCGCAGCUCAAGCAACCAGCCCUGCAAAUGCAGCAGGAAAGCCUACGUCCACCCCUGCUGUGUCUCCCGGCGCAGCUCAAGCAACCAGCCCUGCAAAUGCAGCAGGAAAGCCUACGUCCACCCCUGCUGUGUCUCCCGGCGCAGCUCAAGCAACCAGCCCUGCAAAUGCAGCAGGAAAGCCUACGUCCACCCCUGCUGUGUCUCCCGGCGCAGCUCAAGCAACCAGCCCUGCAAAUGCAGCAGGAAAGCCUACGUCCACCCCUGCUGUGUCUCCCGGCGCAGCUCAAGCAACCAGCCCUGCAAAUGCAGCAGAAAGGCCUCCGUCCACCCCUGCUGUGUCUCCCGGCGCAGCUCAAGCAACCAGCCCUGCAAAUGCAGCAGGAAAGCCUACGUCCACCCCUGCUGUGUCUCCCAGCACAGCUCAGGGGACCAGCACUACAAAUAAGCUGGGACACCUGCUGCCCAACCUUGUUACACCACCCAGCCUGCCUCAGCAGGUCAGCCCUUCAGCCAGCUCACGAUCAUGGGUAGCCAGCAUUACUGCGACCUCCAGUGCGGAUCAGCAGCAUAUAAGUCUUUCGACCAGCUCAGGAAACUCAGUAAACACCAUUGCAACAUCUUCCAGUGUGGCUCCCACUAGUCCUCUGGACCAGCGGACCAGCGCUGCAGCUAGCAUCAGCAUCACAGCGGCCAGCCUUUCUCCUGGGCUCAAGAACCACAGCAACUCCCCCCCCAAAUCUGUCACCCAGCAGCCACAUUCUUCUCCCAGUUCUGCAGUCCAUGGACUGGCCUCUUCUACCAGACCUGGAAGCAUCAACACUUCUGUUGCCCCUGCUGCUGGAUCUGUGUCCCCCAUUACUAGUAAAACAUCUCUGUCUUUACCACCUGGGAGCAUAGACAAGGUCUCUAAGCCAACAGCCACUCCAUCUCCUGGAGCAGCUCAGACCAGCCGUGGACAAGGAUCUAUGUCAAGCAAACCUGCAAUCACUGACCAGAGACCAACCAGCCCCCAGCCGUCGGCCCCAGCCUCCAGGGACCAGACGACGAGCAGCAGGCCUGGCCACUGGCACCCUAACAACACCUUCCAAAAUGAGGUCGUUUGUGAAGACCAGGUGCAAAAUAGCUGGCCGGUCAUAAGCCUUAAAGAAGCUAAAACCUGUGCCGAGUGGAAGAGCUUGACCCUCAAUGGCUCCUUGUUCAAGACUUUCUGCUCAACGGCUCACUACACGUACGACCCCAGCAGGGACAAGUGCACGGUGACUCUGGCGUCCCCGGAGCCACAGUCGCGGCGGUGGGCCGUGCGGGUGGUCGUGCACCUUCAUUUGGACCCCGAAAAGGUCUUCGAGGAGCUGAAGGAAAAGAAGGAUGAGUUAGACAAGCUUGGCAUCGCCAACGUCACCUUCCACAGUGAGCAGCUGGCAGAGGAGAUCAAGGAUAGAUUCAGCACGCCUCUGAUCAUCACCAUCAUCACCCUGGCCGGCUCCCUGCUGCUCAUUGCUACCAUCUAUGGCUGGUGCCACCAGCGCUUCUCCCACAAGAAGGACCAGGUAAGCUCUGCCGGCCAGUGCCUCCCAUCAAUGGCCAAUGAGCCCCACUGGGCAAAGGGGAUUUAGGAAACUAGGAGUCAGAGGAGAGGGGAGGGCUGGGAUGGUCUGGCUGCCAGUGGGAAGGGGUGGGAAGCAGCUGUACCCCAAGAUAUCUUUGCCCCAAGAUAUCUUUGCCCCAAAGGUGACUUCAGGAGCUGAAGAGCUUCAGCAUUUCCACCUCUCCUGGCAGAGAUGUCCACCCUUCAGGUUGACACCACCCACGAUGAGCUGUCGGGUGACGGACUGUAUCUGCAGGGCGAGAUUGCAGCAGGAUAAGCUGAUUUCCCAGAGCUGCUAGCGCUUCUGAGCGGCAGUAGCUGCCCACGGGGCUGUCAAGGGAAAGCAGCAAGGGCAAAGAGCUCGGGAACACAGGGCUGGUGGUGUUGGGGCACAGAGAUGAGUGGCAUCUGUUCCUCCCAGAGUGCCAGACCACCCAGUGGUGACCAGUAUCCUCCAGUCAAGGUGUAAUUUUGAUGAGAAAGGCUUUUUCCCCCAGUGAAAGAGGUGGCUCUCAAAAUUAUUCCAAAUCGCACAGUUCCUGCCAGAUUUUUGGCUUUUUUUUUUUCCCUGAGGGUUUUUCUCAACCCAAAGAUCCUCAGACCCAUCUACUAUCCUCCCAGUGGAAAGAUCUCCCCCUUCCCCCCAAAAGUCAUCUCAAAAGUACUUUUUGGAAAGUAAUCAAGUGCUGGUGGGCUCUGCGAGCUCACCCUGCCCAUAACAAUCAAAGCAGUAUCAGGAGAGGGUAGAUGCGGAGAAGAGGAAAUCCCGGCUUGCCUGACCCAUGCCCCGAUGGCGCAGAGGACGCCUGCAUCUUCUGAACUGGCGGGGUCCAUGCAUGCCACCACCGUAGGGGUCUGGAGGAUGGAGCCACCCAAGAGGGUCCUGGCGGGCUCCCUGGCUGGCUCCGGGAAACGGAGAUCCCGAGGGAGGGUUGCAGAGGAGCAGGACAGCCACGGGAGGGCAUCGUCCUCAGCAGCAGGGCUGGCCCUGCUGCAAUUUUUAAACCCCUUAGCCCAGCUCUGCAAGGAAACCUGCCGCUCUGCCUCCGUGCAGCAGCGCGUCGCAAGCCUUAGGAGGGCGGCAGCAUCCCAGCUUCAGCCCGGGCGGGCUGGCCGGAGCAUCAGUUUAAGGAAAGAGGCACCGUGAGCUAAUAGUGUUGUUCCAGCCCUGAGGAAGCAUGAUUUUAGCUUAGCAUCCACCCGUUAAAAAAAAAGAUGGGCUGGGGGCUCAGUAGGCGCCUGCUCUGGCCGUUCCCACGCUCCUCGCCAGC